CUAGGCGGCAACCCUAUCUCCCCUUAAAAAGACAGUUGCUUGCUUUGACUUGAACUGGAAGUCUUCACUUAAAGAAUGACAUAGCUCCGAUGUGAAUUUCAUCACAGACUAAUGGAGAUGGUCCUGAUUUUCAUUCCUCUUCUGAUCAUUUCAUUUUUCCAAUCAUCUUCACCUUCUAUACUUCCAAAAUCACCUUACCUUGGAAUCCAUCCUGAAGAUGAGAAGUAUUAUUUUGAGUCGCAGUUAAUCCAAUGCAAAGAUGGAUCUAAAUCUUUCACUCGAGAUCGUCUUAAUGAUGGUUUUUGUGAUUGCGUGGAUGGUACCGAUGAGCCUGGUACUCCAGCUUGUCCGAGGAGCAAAUUUUAUUGCAAAAAUGUAGGAAGUACACCACGAACAUUAUUCUCUUCUCGGAUAAAUGAUUGCUUCUGUGACUGUUGUGAUGGAAGCGACGAGUACGAUGGCAGCAUUGAUUGUCCAAAUACAUGCUUCAAAACUGGAAAUGUUGGCAGGAAAAACCAUAAUUAUAUGUCAAGUAGAAUGCAUAUGAGCAGUUUUGAUCUGCAGGACCGGGAAAAUACAAUGAAUCUGGAGGAUCUAAUUCAGAAACUAAAAGAUCUGAAGAUAGUUUUCAUCCUAGAGGUGGUUCUGGUUAGUAUGGUAGCUUUCUAUCUCUUCUGUCGUCACAUCAGAUCAAGACGCCUCCCUAGUCACAAGCGACCAAAGGGCCGGUUUGGGACCCGUAACUUAUGAGGGCUGGCAAGAUUAUAUUUUCUUUCUUCGUUUUGUUAGAUCCUGUAAAUAUAUAUUCAAAGAAUUCUGGAAAAAUGUAUACACGCAAUAGCAAGAUGAUUAAAAGUUUGAAAUUGUGAGGCAUUUGGAAUUGUUUA